UCAUCCCACCCAAACCAACUUCCAUUAAAAGAAGCCCAAAGACAGAAUCUCAACGGGCAUAUUUUCAAGCUUUCAGAUUCUUCGUCUUCGAACCCUCUUGACCGUUGUGUCUUCAGUCCUCUCUCUCUCUCUCUCUCUCUCUCUCUUCCAAAGUAAAAGUCAUCCGAAAGAAGUCAGCUGUAAAAGUCGACCAUCAUUCAUGGGGUGCUUUCCAAAGUGCUUCUCUACCUGUAUACGCCGAAAGCUCAAAAGUUCAGUCACUGUAACUCCCUUUAAGCACCAUAGCAUUGAAGUUGCUGAAGAAGCUCUUCAAAUCCAACCUGCUGAAGCUGAACCCACAAAGCUAGAAGAACUUAUAAAAGCCAUUAAACACAGCAAAGAAUCAGAAGAGAAGAGUGAAGAACAAUCAAAGAAUGGUGAUACAAAGAAAGUCGCAUUUGAUUUGAAUGCCGAGGCAAAUGAUGGAGAAACCUCCACCAAGGAAGAACUCUCCAAUGUACUGGUGGAAAUCUGUGAUGAGAAGGAGAAUGAAGAGGAAACAAGAAAAGGGAUUGAACCGAAUUUGAUUGUACCGUUGGAUCACCGUUAUGAAAAGUGCAAAAAUAGUGAGGAUGAAGAUGAUUGUGCUAAUGCUGAUGAAUUUGAGAGUAGUAAGCAAAUCUUUGUUGAAGAAGAGUCUUCUGAGUCCUUGUUUUCGCUAUCGAUUGAUUCUCGAAAACAAGAAGUUUGUGAUGAUUCUGGAACAGAAGAGAAGGAGGUGAACAGUCCAAUGCCAAAGCAGCAAAAUGGAAGAAGAGAUUGCAGAAGGCAGAGUUUUCAGGCAGUGUUGACCCCCGUUGAAAAUCUUGGUCAAUGGAAGAAGGAGGUCAAAGAAAAGUCAACUCCAGCAGAAGCUCCAAAGCAGCAGCACAAAGAGAAGGAGAACAUAAACAUGGAGGUGGAGGAGGAGCAAGAUUUGAAAUUACCCUUUAGUCCGGAGCCUGCUUUGAAGCAGUCGAAACUCUUCGCAAGGCCGAGGACAAAGUCAUCUUCUUGCAUCGACACAAGCCUCUCGAGCUGGCUGGUUGAGUCUGAGACCACACCAAUGUCAAAUGCUAGUAGCAAUAAUUCCGUGGGGAACAAGUUUAAUGCACCCGGAAGCGGUGAAGAUAGGCCAAUCCUGGGAGCUUGGACAGCUGAGGAGCUUAAGCAGCAGUCAGCUUCUUCUACUCCGAAAAGGUCACGAAGCCCGAUUCCGGAGGAAAUGCCGAUCAUAGGAACCGUUGGGAGCUACUGGAAUCGGACCGGGCAGGCUCUUCUUGCAGAGGAAUGGCCAAACCAAUAUGGGAAAACAGACAGGAUCAGAAAGUGUCACGGAAGUCCACUCCAUUUGAGGCAAACUUGGGAAGAUCUGGACAUGAAGUUUUGAAAUUUGAGAACAAAUGUCUUGUGUAUGUUUUGAUUCACGUAGUUAUGUUAUUUUUCUAAUUGUUUCGUCACAUAAAUCUGUUGUAUUAUUAUCGUACGUAUAGUAUUCAACAACAAAUAAUCAAAUACAACAUUCUUCA